GUAACAGGUACAUUAACGUCAUGGCAAAAUGUUGCAGGUUGUGCAAUUCUGUGCACACACAAACAUGUUCAGAGAACAGGCAGCAGAACAGUUCUGAAGAAAGGUCAACUCUGUUUCUUUUAUUCACAAGUGUGGUCUGAUCCAGAGUAUUUCCAACCUUUCCUCUUGAUCGUGAUGGUAUAUUAACUUUCUGUACAGCUAGAAAGCUGCUCUUGGAUAUCUAUUCAUCAGAUUCUGUGCGAUCUUUGAAUGCAGAGCAAUACUGUAAACCCUUGUCACAAUGCUGGAUCUAGCAUUGGGAAAUUGGGAAGGGCAAGUUAAUGAAGUGUUUGUGGAAGAGCCUUUUGGAACCAGUGACCAGGGUUUGAUUAUGUUUAAGAUAGUUAUGGAUAGGGACGGAGAGGGUCCACGUGGUAAAGUGCUCAACUGGGGUAAGGCCAACUUUGAGGGUAUGAGAGAAGGUCUCGCUCAAGUUGACUGGAGCAGGUUAUUUGAGGGGAAAGGAACAUCGGUCAAGUGGGAUGUUUUUAAAAGUGUACUGACGAAAGCUCAGGAUAUGUACGUCUCCGUUAGAGUGAAGUGCCAAGCAGGCAAACAUAAGGAAGCUUGGCUGACGAGGGAAAUUGAGGCAUUGGUCAAAAACCAGAAGGAUGCAUGGGGCAGAUAUGGGCAGCUGGGAUCAAGUGCAUCCCUGGAGGAGUUUCGGGGACUAAGGAGUAAACUGAAAAAGGAGAUCAGAAGGGCAAAAAGGGACCAGGAUAGCUCUGGCGAGUAGCAUUAAGGACAAUCCCAAAAGAUUUUAUAAAUACCUAAGGGGGAAAUGUAUUUAACGAGGAGAAAGACACUAGGACAGAGGAAAUUGGGGCAGUCAAUGGAACUGUCUUGAGAGCAGUCAGUGUUAUUGUCGAAGAAGUACUGAAGGUACUGCCAUGUAUGAAGGUAGACAAAUCUCCAGGGUCUGAUCAGAUAUAUCCAAGGACAUUGCUGGAAACUAGAGAGAAUAUUGCGGUUCCCCUGGUUGAAAUUUAUCAGUCAUCCUUAAAUACAGGAGAGGUGACGGAAGACUGGAGGGUGGCAAAUGUUGUGCCUCUUUUCAAGAAGGGCUGCAAGGAAAAUGCUGGGAACUAUAGGCCGGUGAGCUAAACAUCAGUAGUUGGAAAGUUACUAGAGAGUAUUCUGAGGGAUAGGCUUUACAGACAUUUGGAUGGGCAAGGGCUGAUUAGGGAUAGUCAGCAUGGUUUUGUACGUGGGAGGUCGUGUCUCACAUAUCUGAUUGAUUUUUUUGAAGACGUGAACAAAAAGGUUGAUGAGGGCAGAACUGUUGUGUACAUGGAUGUCAGUAAGGCAUUCGACAAGGUUCUGCAAGGUAGGCUGCUCAUGGAAGGUUAGAUCGCAUGGGAUCCAAGGAGAGUUAGCUGGAUGGAUAGCAAAUAGGCUCCAUGGACGGAAGCAGAGGGUGAUGGUGGAAGGUUGCUUCUCAGACUGGAGGUCUGUGAAUAGUGGUGUGCCUCAGGGUUUGGUGCCGGGCCUAUUUGUCAUCUACAUCAAUGAUUUGGACGAGAACAUACAGGGCAAGAUUAGCAAGUUUGGUGAUGAUACAAAAUUGAUUGAUUUUGCAGACAGUGAAGAUGGUUGUGAAAGAUUGCAGCAGGAUCUGGAUCGAUUGGCCAGAUGGUCGGAGGAAAAGUUAAUGGAAUUUAAUACAGAGAAGUGUGAGAUGUUGCAUUUUGGGACGUCGAACAAGGGCAGGACCUACACAGUAAAUAGUAGGCCUCUGGGUAGUGUUGUAGAGCAGUGGGAUCUAGGAGUGCAGGCGCAUGGAUCCUUGAAAGUCGAGUCACAGGUAGAUAAUGAGGACAAAAAUGCUUUUGGCACUUUGGCCUUCAUCAGUCAGAGUAUUGAGUAUAGAAGUUGGGAGGUCAUGUUGCAGUUGUAUAAGACAUCAGUGAGACUGCAUUUAGAAUAUUGUGUUCAGUUCUGGGCACCAUGUUAUAGGAAAGAUAUCGUCAAGCUUGAAAGGGUCCAGAAAAGAUUUAUGAGAAUGUUGCCAGGACUAGAGGGUGUGAUCUAUAGGGAGAGGUUGAGUAGGCUGCGUCUCUAUUCCUUGGAGCGCAGGAGGCUGAGGGGAGAUCUUAUAGAGGUGUACAAAAUCAUGAGAGCAAUUGAUCUCUUGCUCAUAGGGGAAUCGAGGGCCAGAGGACAUAGAUUCAAGGUGAAGGGGAAAAGAUUUAAUAGGAAUCUGAGGGGUAACAAAAGGUGGUGGGUGUAUGGAACAAGCUGCCAGAGGAGGUUGUUGAGUCUGGAACUAUCCCAUUGUUUAAGAAACAUGGAUAGGACAGGUUUGGAGGGAUAUGGACCAAGCGCAGGCAGGUGGGACUAGUGUAGAUGGGACAUUGUGUGGGUGAGUUGGGCUGAAGGGCCUGUUUCCACACUGUAUCACUCUAUCACUCUAUAACGGAUCAAGGGAGGAGGGGGGGGAAAUGAUGUCCAUUAUUGCCGAUUGCCCGCUAUAACCGAGUAAGGGAUUUACUGUGAAGUGAGCUAUUUUCAAAUACAAAAUUUGUUUUAACAACUAAAAAUUUACUUUUGUAACUGCAAGCAAAAAAUGCUAAAGGCUGGUUGUUACAUUGCUUAUUAGAAUUAAGUGUGGAUCGGAGUAAUUGCUUGUCAUAUUCAUUGCCUUGCCAAUUUCAAUUACCUGUCAAUUUCGACAACUUGUCAAUUUCUAUGUCUUGUCAAUUUCAAUGGCCUCCGCAGUGUAACUGAUGGGCCUGUCCCACUGUAGGAGCUAAUUCAAGAGCUCUCCGGAGUUUAAAAAAAAAUUAAACUUGUGGUAAGCACGUAGAAUGUACGUAGCGGGUACGUCGGAGCUCGGGAUGUCUCUUAGCUGCUUGUAACGCUAACGGCUGGUACUCGGGAAACGCAGUAAGCUCGUGAAGACUCGUGAACAUGUUGAAAAAUGUCCAUGAGAGCCCCGAGUACCUACGAUCGGCUAUUACCGUAAUUCUCCGAGUUCGAAUCAGGGGAAACUCGGGAGAACUCUUGAAUUAGCUCGUACAGUGGGACAGCCCCUUAACAGCCUGUGUUCUUAUAGAGACAGUCCAUAUAACUGAAAUCUGUUAUCAAGAGGUUUGUUGUAACAAAGGUUUACUGUACUUUGAUAUUCCGUUGUGUCGUGAUGCAACCUUUGGUAAAUAGGUUUGGUUCUUCCGGUCUGUAGAAGGUUGGAAGAGGCAGCAGCUCUAUCUCCAACGAACACCUGUGGGCUUCAAACAUGCAAUUCAUCCAAUUCCAUCCAUUUACCAACAUAUUCCUGGAUGUACCUGAUCACUGCCGUUUGGAGGCAACUUUGUUUUUCUUACUGUUGCAUUAUGUGGCAGGCAGUGUUAUAAUGGCAUGUCAUCAACCACGAGGUUUGCAGACAAUUCCCUUUGUUAAUCUGGAUAAAUUAUGUGGGCCCUUUGCAGUCUGAAACCAUGGUCUCAAUAACACAGCUCACAACACUUAUCCUCCUCCGUUAACUCGUGUAUAUUUAUCUCUGUUGCUCCAUUUAUCUUUGCUAUAAUACCAUCUGGGGUAACAAGUCACGCGAACCAACAUGAAGCCGUAUCAGAGAUGAUCAAAUAUAUGUUAUUAUCAAUGGAAUAUAUUUUGUUAAAGAAAGGAAAGGAAAAAUAGACACUACAUAGGUUAAAGCUUGCUAUGUGAGGUAUGAGCUCAUUUACCCAGAAAAUAAAGUUUUAAAUAAAGCACUUAAAGCUAUGCCCCUGUCCCACUGAGGAAACCUGAACGGAAACCUCUGGAGUCUUUGCGCCCCACCCAAAGUUUCUGUGCGGUUCCCGGAGGUUUUUGUCAGUCUCCCUAGUGGUCGAAAAUGGUUUCCUCUUCUUCCAUGUUCCGCCGAUUAUUUCAAAAAAUUAGGCUGCCAGAAGAGAUCAUUGAUGCAGGUACUGUAACAGCACGGAAAGAUAUUUAGAAGAUCAACACAAAUUGUUCAAGUUCAAGUUCCCGUUUAUUGUCACUUAACCAACUAAGGUAAAGUGAAAUUUGAGUAACUCAGAGCGUCAGGCAGCAUCUCUGGAGAAAAAGGAUGGGUGACAUUCAGAAAAGAUAUUUGGACAGGUAUAUGGAUAGGAAAGGUUUUCAUAAGUUCAUGUUACAGGAGCAGAAUUAGGCCAUUUGAUCCAUCAAGUCUACUCUGCCAUUCAUUCAUAGCUGAUCUAUCUUUCCCUCCCAACCCCAUUCUCCUGCAUUCUCCCCAUAGCCCUUGACACCCUUUCUAAUCAAGAAUCUGUCAAUCUCCACCUUAAAAAUAUCAAUUGACUUGGCCUCCACAACCUUCUGUGGCAAUGAAUUCCACGGACUCACCACCCUCUGACGAAAGAUAUUGCUCCUCAUCUUCUUUCUAAAGAUACGUCCUUUUAUUUUGAGACAAUGGCCUCUGGUCCUAGACUCUCCCACUAGUGGAAACAUCCUCUCCACAUCCAUUCUAUCCACGCCUUUCACUCUUUGAUAAGUUUCAAUGAGGGAGAUGAGCUAACACGGGCAAAUGGGGCUGGAUUAGAUGGUGCAUCUUGAUCGGCAU